AACUGAGAAUGCUGAAUGAGUGUUUUAUUAUUUAUUACAAGGCUCUUUGAAUAGUGUUUACUUAUCAUUUCAUUAUUCGGAUAUUUUUUUAUACCUAGGUUUUGAUUUCACACCUACAUGCUUAAAACAAGAAAAAGAUACACUCAAUUCACAAAAUAGAUUUUCUAUAAAUUUUCAAGAUAGAAAGGCACAAUUCAGAAAAUUUAGCAAACGAUGGACACGUAUGAAAGUGUUUUACUUGUAAAAAACGAAGUUUUCGUUUUUAAAAUACCUCCUCGCACAUCUAAUAGGGGUUACAGAGCCGCGGAUUGGAACUUACAAGAACCACAAUGGACUGGGCGUAUGCGUCUUGUUUCGAAGGGGGACGAGUUGAUAAUGAAACUUGAAGAUAAAACAAGUGGUGAAUUGUUUGCCAAAUGCCCAAUUGAUAAGUAUCCUGGAGUUGCUCUGGAGUCAGUAACUGAUAGUUCUAGGUAUUUUGUGGUCAGGAUUCAAGAUGAUAAUGGUCGGACAGCUUACAUUGGUGUUGGAUUCGGUGACAGGUCUGAUUCAUUCGAUCUUAAUGUUGCAUUACAAGAUCAUUUUAAAUAUUUAAGAAAGGAACAAGAGGGUGACAGCAGUCAGGGACAGCAACUGGAUUUGAGUUUUAAGGAUGGAGAAACAAUAAAAAUCAAUAUGAAAAUAACAAAAAAAGAUGGCGGUGAGUCUAGCCGACCACGUCGCACUGGACCAGGUGCACCGGGUGGUCUGCUGCCACCUCCUCCAGGGGCCUCCAAGCUGCCUCCUCCACCUUCACCACAACAUGUACCAACAGCGGCAUCUGCUCCAGCAGUUGGAUCUGAUUGGGGCGACUUCAAUUCAGCUAGCCCUGCUGACCAGAAACCAGCUCCAGCUAACCAACAAAACUGGGUCCAGUUUUGAAGUACUUAUACUAUGAAGAAUACAAGCUGAUGUUGCUACAUAUAAAAUAAGAUGUUAUAUUAUGAAUGUAGAGCUGUUUCAGAUUUUGUUAGAGAGACAUUGAUAUAUAUUUUCCCAAAUGUAACAAUAAUUAACUCUAAUAAUAGUGAUUUAAAAAAAAAAUAGCAAUAACAUUUAAAUGUUUUACAUUUAUAAUCAAAACUUAAUAAGUCACCAGUUGCAUAAUAUUUAUAUUUCAUAUUUAUAUAGCGUAGUGAUUAUUAAUUACAAAAUACAUCAUUCUUAUAUUUACUGUCUGUAAAGCUAAUGCUGUUAAAAUAUAUGUUGUUUUUUCCCAAAGCACCAACUAAUAUUUAUUUAUGAACUUUUUCAUGCGAAAUAAAAUAAAUUAAGUGCCUACUUUAAUUGAAAACUGAGUGUAAAAUUAAGAUUGUUUUGGCUCUAGUUGACCAAAUACCAUUUUUGUUGAAUUCAAUUUUUAACAGAUAACUGACACGUGAUUUGCUUAAGAUUAGAGCCCAUUUAGACUUUGCUCAGAUUUUAGUUACAUUUAAACUUGCUGAGUCAAAUGAUUUGAGUUUUCUUUAGUGUUAAUUCCGCUAAUAUUUUGGCGACUCAACAUGUCCUGAGGAUGCCUCGUGUAGAGGAUUUGUUUAUUUGAAUAGUCGAAUUGUUUAAAGACAAAUAUUGGCGGAAUUAACACUAAAGAAAACUCAAAUCAUUUGGAUAAUUAUGGAUUUCCGCAAAGUAACGCCUACUUCAAUAAAUUUUCUUGCAUAGCUAAGCAUAAUUUCAGCUGUCAAAUGGCUGUAUUAUAAUGAAUGAAUAAAAUUUAGAAGAAUGUGGAACAGUCAACAGUGUGCAUAAGUCAACUUUUCCAAACAUGUUCAAUCAGGGUUUACUAAACACUUGUGCACCAUAGUUGUACUUCAUUCUCACCAUCUCAACAUAACUUCAUACCAUUUCACCACCCAUAACAAAUAGAAAUGCUUAUCAAUCAAUAUAUGACCUAAAAUUCACUAAGGUUUAGCUAAAAACACCCCACAUUAAAAAUUUAUAAGAAUUCUUGAUUUUAUAUGUUGCGAAGGCUAUGAGUACGUCGUAAAUAGGUUACAAAGAGUAGAUUCAAAUUUCUUGCUUAACCGGUGCGUUAUAAAAUUGCAUGCAUAUUAGUUUUACACUUACGAUAUAAGACGUUUGCGUAUAAUGUAAUUAUAAUGGAACUUAAUUAGCAAUGUUAAACUGUGCGAAAGUAGUGUAAUUCUUGUAAAAAUUAUGAUACACCUUGCGGGCACUAGAUGUAAGCCGAGACUUAGGCAGAGAUCUAUAAACCGUGCUUAGAUGUUGCUCAGACCUCACUUACGUGAAACAAUGCUGAGUGUGAUAAAACGCGAACUCGACUUUUGCAUUGCACUGUCUUAGCUUGAGCUCAGAGAAUAUAACCACUUACCAAAUUUCAACAAUACAGUUCGUAUAGUUUCGGAAAAAAGUGGCUGUGAUAUACGGACGGGUUCCGUUUUUUGUUUAUUGAACUCAAAACAUUGAUUAACAAUGGCUUAAGUUCAGUCAUCCACUUAAUUUCUUAAUAAUAAAUAAAUAAUAUCAAACAGAUACAUUAAUAUAAAACAAAUCAUAUAAAAUUAAAAACAUCAAACAAUUAAAAUCACAUAAAAACAAGUAACACUAAGUAGAGCAAUUCAAUUCCAGGCUUCUUUAUCAAUUGGCUACGGAACCCUAAAAACGAAAUAUUAUGCUAAGCUUACACUCAGCUAAGUUUUCCGUUAGUAAAAUCUCAGCCUAAGAAAACAAUCUACAAAGAGGUAUACUCACACGCGAGGCAGUACUGAGUACUAAAAAAAUCAAUACUAAAUUAAGUACAUAAAAAAAUUAGUUUACUUAAAGAGGCAAACCGCAGGCGAAAGCUAGUAUUACUUUUUUUCUAAAUGUACUGCUGUAAUUGAAAGAAAAAACUGCCUAUUUAGAUUGUUUUGGCUAGUCUUAUCAAGAUAUUAUAGGUUCAUAGAGAGAGAGUAUGACCCAUCACUAUGCCAUCUCGUAAUAUCUGUGCGAGCGAGUGCGCGAUAUUGAUAAUACUGCUCGCGCGUUCUUAGAUGCACAACAUGGGCAUUUACAGAUUUAGCGUGUAUUUUCAUUGAUGGCUUAAAAUUAAUUAUUUACAAUAUAAGUCGCGUGAUCAUGCUAAACUGCAAAGUUCUUCAAAAAGUAUUUUAAGGGAUUUAAUGUUCCUUUCUGCCAUCUUGUGUUUUGGUACUUGCCCUAUAUAAUAUACAACAGUGCCAAACUAAGAUUAUAGAUAUUCAACGGUAUAAGUAAACAUAAUAAAAACUUCACUUAUUAAUCUGGGAAGAGAUAGUGCCCUCAUUUCAACUUUAUUAUUAAAUAAGUUAAAUACUUAAUUCCGUUUUAUGUUAUUUUAAACACACAUAUCACUUUACUUGUAUAGGUAUAAUUAUGUAAUAAGUUGUUAUUUGCGUCAAAGUAGACAGUUUAGGUUUUUUAGUGUGUUUCAUUGUUGCUCACUGUAAGAAAAUAUUUCUAAGCGACAGGAACAUAAUUUACUCUACUCCAAUUUCGUAUUUGUUUUUGUAUUAUUCAUACGGGAAAAGUACUAUCUUGGCGCUCGCUGUUGCGGUUGAAAAAGAGCAGUUUGGCCAUUUUAAAAUUACUUUUUUUUUCCAAAUCGGUUCAGUAGUUUAGGGAGUCUAUUCAAUGCAUACAAACAAACAAACAAACAAUCAAAUCUUUCCUCUUUAUUAUGUUAGUAUAGACAAACCUUCCAACCACAACACAAAACUGUUCAUCGUUUGGUAUUGAUCAUUUCCAAACGAGACAACUAGUAUUGUAAACGUAUUAGAUACUAUUGUAAUUAUUAUGACGGGUACUCACGAUAUAUAUUUUAUUAAUUUUAUGCCGAUAUUCGAUCCAAUUGCAUGAAUUGCGUGGUCACGACGGAACUGCGGAGGCGGCGAGUAAGUCAAGUGUUACUUGACACUUGACACUAAUAGUACGUCAAUCUGUCCACUUGGCGCCUAGUUCGUUUUGGUCUUUGAUUCCCUAACUCACGACACACACUAUUGACGACGUCCAUACUUUCGGAUCUUUUCUUGCAUUCGUACUGCAGACAAAAAGAUAUAUAUCGUGAGUACCCGCCAUAAUAAAUACUAUGUUAAAGUUCCGCGAUGCUAAAAAUUUAAAAAACAUAUAUUAGAUACUAUUACAAAAUUUCAGUGUAUUUUGUGCAAGAUAAAAGCUCUAAGCUUCAGAUUAAAAAAAAUAACUCAUACUACCUAAAUAAAUAUAUUUUUAUGGUUUCAGAAAAAGUAUUUUAUGCCACUGCACGUAAUUAGCCAUUGUAACUUUAGAAGAGUAAUAGACAGCCUAUUGUGCCAUUCGGCUUCGCUUCAUGUUAUAAAUUACCACAUGAGUGCUAAUGACAUGAGGUACAUGAGUAUUCUUUACUUACCAGGAAUUAAUAACUAUUUUCUUUGUAUAUGCAAUAUUUCGUAUCAUCGGAUUGUGGUUGCUUAACCUUUUUAUCAGCCAGGUUAUAUAAAUAAGUUAUCAAUAAUUUCCAAAUUGAUAUAAAUUUAUUCAUGAGACAUGUUACAAAAAAUAGUCUGACCAUACGGAUUCCCUACCGAUGGUUAUGAUACCGAUCAGACUAGCGGUGGGUGAAUAUUACUAAAAGUAAUCGAAUUAGUCGAUUGUUCAUUAUCGACAAUGAUGUUAGUGUCAACUUUAACUACUAAUUUAAAUCACAGCGCAUUUAUUAGGCCACUACUAUAUUUGUACUUACUACUGAAUAAGUAAUUACAAAACUGUUUAGCAGACUGCAUCCAGUGUGUGUUCAAUUAGUAUUUUGUCGAUUGUUAUUAAAAAAAAUAUUUAAGGAACUACUAUAUCGAUUACUUUUCGAUUCAGUCGAUUCUUUUUUGCUAGCCCACAAUAGCUCUCUUAGCGGCCUUCUUUGGCCAUACAACUCCACUGUAACCACAUCACUUCUUGUGGAAAUCUAAUGCCAUAAUUAUGCGGUAACUGGUCGGUAGAUGGUAGCAUGACCGGAGCAUAAAAGUAAAAUGUUAAUUAUAUAAAAAAUGCAACUAAUGUAGUUAAAAUUCUAUAAGUAUAGGUACAUGGAAAUUGUUUCGGAAUACUUAUUUAUUGAAACUUGUUGACAUUUUUCUGGCAAUAGCAGCGUCUAGAAACUGAUUGAACUAAAAUUCUUUAUACAUUAUUGGUAUCUGUAAAAAUAAUGAAUUUAGCGUUAAACCAUAAUGUGUGCUUAUGAAAAUUUACAAGCGCGAUACUCUUAAGAAUAUUUAGAAACACGAUAACAAUACUACUGUAUCUUCUGAAGUGCUGUUUCGUGUAAAUAAAUAUUUUCUUAUUCGACUUUCAAAGCCGUUAGAUUGAAUUAUAUAGGUUAUCUGUAAUGUAAAAAGGGAUGUACGUGUUAUGUCGAUAGUUCGUAAAAACCAUGAACGAGAUUGAAUUAAAUAAAGUUACCCAAUGUUAUUUUUAAGUAAUGUCUCUUACACUGGUGUAGAUGUCGAAUUCACUUUUUAUUGUUCUAUUUAUGUACAAAAACUCUAAGCCAUUAGUAAAAAAAAAUAAUAGAGAGUUACUUAAUCUGUUUAUAAAGAUUGUUAAGAUUGUAGCUAUAUAGUAUGUACACAGUAUUGUGAUAUAUCGUUUCUGUAUAUGUUGUACUAGGUACUCAUAAAAUCAAUUUAUCUAGGCGAUUUAGUUGGUUAACGGCCGUUUUCAAUAACCUAUCUAUCUUUAGUUUAACUUACUAGAGAUAGACAAAUCUAUCCUGUUACGCUUACUUACAUUUCAAUAACCUAUCGACAGAUAGCAUUGAACUAUAACUAUAUUGGACAUAACUAUUGAUAGAUAAGAUCUUGUCAUUAAACGGUGACAGCAAUGUGUCCGUAACUAGAGAUACGUUAUUGAAAACGGCCGUAUGUUAUUUUCUGAAUAGUUUCGGCACCCUAUAUUUCGUAUAUGUACUGCUAUUAUAUUUGUAUCAGUAAGUUCAAUGGAAUAGCACAAUAUAAACAUAUUAUAUGUGGUUUAACUUAAUUUGUAUAAUAACAUACUCGCAUGCUCUCUUCGUGUGACAGAUAGGUCACGUGAUUGGGCUAAGAAUACGUAAUUAGUUGCGAUGACUGUUCUCAAAGUAGUCGAGUGAAACAACGUUAUAAACUUGCUAUCGAUGUGAGCGAAACGACUAUAGCGAUGAAAUGGCGAGCUGUCAGUAUGACAUAUAUCGUGAGGUAGUCUUAUGUCAUCGCUGGAAGAGAAUAUCAGGCGGAGUAUAUUAUUAUACUAUGGUUACAUAAAUUAAAUUUGAAAACAAAAUUUAUUAACGAUGUUAUUCUUUAAAACAGUAAUAUAUAUUGUUUAGAUUUGAAAAGGCGACAUCUCAAUUUCCUAAUAUGCAAAUAUUGGGGUUGAGCAGGUUAUCAACUGUAAAGUAGAUCCUGUAGGUGUAGAUGAAGCCACAACCUGAGAGUUGAACAAGACAUUUAUCAACGAUACGUACACUCGAACGGUUGGCUUAGUGGAAAAGCGCUCGCGCGGAGUGCAAGAGAUCGCGGGUUCGAAUCCCGCAUAGUUCAUAAUUGAAAAAAAAAUCAAAUUUAUUUUGUGUAGUUAGUCCCAGAAGAUAUCACUUUAAAAAUCACAAAUUGUUUAUACUAUUGUUGUCAUUAUGUUUGUCGACUGUCAAUCCAAUACGCGCACAUGCAGUAUCAGCCUCAUAACUGAAACAUGAAAUUUCUUUGGCUCCGUGACCAGAUCAUCUAUUCCAAAAACAUGUUCCGUCUGUUCUUGUUUAUAUUGUGCUUUUCAUAUCUGCAGGUUAUGGUCAUACAAUAAUAUGUUGACUGUUGAUAUCUUGAAUAUUAUAUUUUAAAUAAUAUCUAUAUUAAUUUAUUUAAAAAUUGUGAUUAAAAGAAGUUCAAUUUU